CUGGCUGGGUGUGCGCAGCCUGGGCUCGUACAGGCAGCUACACUGGGCGAUUCGCCAAGUGAAUUGUUCGCGCAGCAUUGGUCUCUGCCAGCGAGUCCUUUGAAUUCGCGGAGCAUUGUGCCCUGCUGAGAAUUCCUGAACGUGCAGAGCAUUGGCCUCUGCAAACAACAUCCUGCACGUGCAGAGCAUUGGCCUCUGCUAGGAGUCCUCAAUUCGCGGAGCAUUGGUCUCUGCUGAGGAUUCCUCAACGUGCAGAGCAUUGGCCUCUGGAAAAGAGCGUGGAUUUCCUUUGAAGUUUUGCUGAGGCCUUGUCGCUCCUCUGUGACAUCCUCCCUUCAAAAUGGCUUCUGGGUUCCCAAAAAAGACACCAACACCUCGUCUUUUGCUGAGGGAAAGACUGCAGCCUAACACUCUGCUUCCCUCUAAGUUCCAGCAGGACAAGUUUGCCAACACGAAGAAGAAGGAGGCCAGCACUGGGGGGAGGAUUCUGCCCAGAAUUGGCCCAUGGAUAGACCUGAGCAAGACUGGUCCAAAGCUGCCGUCAGCUGCCCCAAAGCAGAACUUGUUGCAGAUUUCCCCACCAGAGGUGAUAUUUCAGAACUUCAACACUCAUGAUGUCUCUGAAAUGACAGUGUCACUCAUGAAUGUGGACAAGUUUCCUCAUGUGGUGAAGGUCUCCAUGGAGAGAUCACCUUACUUCCAGGUCAUGGGCUCCAACGAUGCCUACCGUCUCCUGGUGCCGGCCGUGUCUGUCCCUGUGCGCAUCCGCUUCAGCCCCGGCGAGAACAAGGAUUAUUCCCACCAGCUGGUCUGUGUCACUGAAAGGGAAAGGAUAGUGGUGCCAAUUCGGGCCAUUGCUGCCCGAGCUGUCCUGGACUUCCCUGAGCAGCUGGACUUCUCCACAUGUCCAGUGAAGUGCAGCACCCAGAAGACUCUGCUGCUCCGCAACACCGGGAACCUGGAAGCUCGUUUCCAGCUGAGCACCCAGAGGCAGAGUCUUUUUCAGCAGUCACAGAGAGAGCUGUGGCUGGAAAAAUUAAUGGAGGAGAAAGAAACAGGGAAGGAGAAGGGCUCUUGUGAAGAUCGUGCUGCCAGCCUGAGAGCCUCGGGGGAGAUGGCAAAGGUGCACCAGGACCCCAUGUUCUCUGAUGACGUUUCUUUCAUUGAGCCAAUGGAGGGAGAAAUCGAGCCGGAUGGUUUGGCCAAAAUCAAGAUGACUUUCAAACCCCUGGAAGCAGUGGAGUAUCAAAGUGUGGCUUGUUGCAGCAUCUCAGGCCGUGAGAGCAGGCUGCCCCUGCAGCUCAGAGGGGAAGGCCAAGGACCCUUGGUGGAGCUCAGCUCUGACACUCUGGAGCUUGGGGACAUUUUUGUCAACACCCCCCAUGUCUGUGAGGUGAACCUGAUCAACCAAGGAGCUCUUGAUGCUCCCUUCAGAUACAUCCCUGCAGCCACAAAGGUGGGCUUGGGCUUCAAGUUGGCACCCCAGGAGGGCAUCAUUGCAGCAGGUGGGAGCCAGACUCUCCAGAUCUCCUUCAGUGCCACCGUGUUGGGGAGGUUUGAGGAAGAAUUGCGGUUCAGUGUGGCUGGAUCUCCUACGCCUGCCAUCCUGACCAUCAGGGGCAGCGUCACUGGACCCAGUUUGCACUUCGACCUCCCUGAGCUCGACUUCGGGGACAUCUCCUUUGGCUUUCCCUACACCCAGCGCUGCCGGCUCACUAACAGCUCCCCGGUGCCCGUGACGUUCCAGCUCCGCAUGUCGUUCGAUGGCACGCAGCCGGCCGUGGACAGCGUCGAUCAGAUCCGCUGCCACAGUGACCCAGCCUGGAGGAAGGGCAUUCACUUGUAUGUGGAGCCCCGGGAGUUUACAAUCACUCCCAGCCAAGGGACCAUCCUGCCCCAGGGACACCAGGACAUCCAGGUGACCCUGUGUUCCAACUCGGUGAUGGAGUUCUACAGGAAGAUGCUGGUGGAUCUGGAGGGUUUUGGCAAGGGAGUGGCUUCACUGGUCAUCACAGUGAGCUCUGUUCCUUGUUGGGAAGGCUCCCCUAGAGCUCAUGGAUCACUGGGAGUGUUACAGGAGUCCUUGCAAGCCUUCCUGGGGAAAGGAGGGGCUGAGGCAGCUGUGGGACAAAGUGCUCUGCCUGGGGCACUUGGCAGCCUCUGGGUGCUGCCUCUCAGGGUUUGCCCCUCCUUGACAAGACCUGUUGGAGUGGGAAGAUGUAGAAGGCAAUUUAUCACUGCAGGGCUGUUCAAUGUCCAUUUGACAGUGACCAAUGUGUUAUGCUCCAUUUCACAAUCUUUGGGGGUAAAUGUUCUCCAUUCUCUCAGUAUCUCUGAUUCCCCUGGGCUCAUCUCUUUGUCCAGAUGUCUCGUUCCAAAGCUGCAAGUGUCCCCCCAUGUGCUGCAAUAUGAUGAGUGCCUCCUGAAGGUGCCCUAUGAGAAGAAGUUCAUCAUUAGGAAUCCCAGCCACCUGCCUGGCUGCUACGGGCUUAUUGAACAGAAACGCAAGGAGGACUCUGCUGUGCUCUACUCCAGCCCCAAGCCCUGUGGGAUUGUCCAGCCUCACAGCACUGCAGAGAUCCCAGUGCUGGUGGAAGUGCAGGCGCUGGGCACGCAUCGCACCAAUGUUCUCAUCGGCGUGUUCGGGGAUGAGAGAAACCCACUGAGAAAACAGUUAUGGAGCUCUGGACGGCUGGCAGAAACCUCGCCAAGCCCAAGGCUGAUGGAGUCUGGCAGGAUCCCAGCACUACAGCCCAUAGAUGAGCUUCACCCACCUCAAUUCACUCCCCAUCCACCAAAGGAGAUGAGAACAUGUUUGCAUUGCCCAGCGUCUCGAUGGAGGCACUUCAGGGCUGGAAAGCAGGAGGCAGCCACAGCCCUGACUGAAGAGCAGGAUUUGACCCAGUCUUCAGGAGCAGAGGCUUCCAGUAUCCUGCCAGUGUCAGGUGUGCUGCAGCCAGGAGAGAGCCAGCAGGUCUCCUUGCCCUUCUCUGGCCACCUCAACAGCAUCUCCAGUGCCACGGCGCUGUGCCACGUGGAGGGAGGCCCCAGCUCCGAGGUGCUGGUGCCCGGGGAGGCCUCACGUGUCAGCUGCUCCCCGAGCCCCCAGGAGAUCAACUGUGGCUCUGGGGCACCUCUCAGGGAGAGAAGGGAGCUGAAGCGGCCGGCUCCAAAGCUUGAGGAGGAGGCAAAAGCCUUGGUGGAGGAAGAGAGGCGGAAGGAGAAAGAGAAGCAGAAGAAAGCAAAGAAGGGUGUCUCUGUGGGGAAGGAACCUCCAAAAGCAGAGAAGGGGAAAACCAAACCCACAGAGAAGGAAAGCAAGGCUCCAGAGAAGAAGGUCAUCAAAGAAUCAGAGAGGAAGGAAACCAAAAUCCCAGAGUGGAUGGAAACCAAAGCCCCAGACAAGAUGGAAACCAAACUCCCAGAAAAGAAAAACAAACAUCCAGAAAACAAGGAAACUAAAUUCCCGGAGAGGAAUGAAAGCAAAGCCCCAGAGAAGAAGGAAACCAAGGCCCCAGAGAAGAAGGACACCAAAGCAUUAGAGAGGAAGGAAACCAAAUUCCCAGAGAAGAAGGAAACCAAAGCUGCAGAGAAGAUUGAAAACAAACUCCCAGAAAAGAAAUACAAACCUCCAGAGAAGAGGGAAUCCAAAUUCCUAGAGAAGAAGGAAACCAAAGCUGCAGAGAAGAUUGAAAACAAACUCCCAGAAAAGAAAUACAAACCUCCAGAAAAGAGGGAAACCAAAAUCCCAGAGAGGAAGGAAAGCAAAGCACCAGAGAGAAAGGAAUUGAAAAUCCUAAAGAAGGAAACCAAAACUGCAGAGAAGAUUGAAAACAAACUCCCAGAAAAGAAAUACAAACCUCCAGAAAAGAGGGAAACCAAAUUCCCAGAGAGGAAGGAAAGCAAAGCACCAGAGAGGAAGGAAUUGAAAAUCCUAAAGAAGGAAACCAAAUCUCCAGAGAAGAGAAGCAAACCUCUAGAAAAGAAGGAAACCAAAUGCCCAGAGAGGAAGGAAAUCAAAAUCCCAGAGAAGGAAACCAAGGCACCAAAGAAGAAGGAACCCAAAGCCCCAAAGAAGGGGGAAGCCAAAGUGCCAGAGAAGAGAGAGACCAAAGCCCCAAAGAAGAAGGAACCCAAAGCCCCAAAGAAGGGGGAAGCCAAAGCCUGAAAGAAGGGAGGAACCAAAAUCCCAGAGAACCCAGCUGAGCUGGAGAAGAACUCUUCAUUUUAUUCACACAACUUAUUUUAUACAGUUUGACAAACCUAAUGUGCCACUUUAGUUAGUUAAUAGAUUUCUUAUUAUUAGUUAUGCCAGUUAUUCUGUUGGAUAAUAAAAUAUAUUUUACUUGU